UAACCCUAAAUAUAAUCUUUAAGAACAACAAAAGUGAAGGUUUAAAAUAUCUUCUAAAAUUAUUAUUUUUGAAUUAAAAUAUCUACGUUUUGCCCACAUAGUAAACGUUAAAUGGUUAUUAAGAAAUCUAUUCUCUUUUGAUAAAUUUUUUGGUUGUAAGACUGCCUAAAUAUAAGUAUUCUAAUAAUUGUAACCUCAAAAGUCAUAAGUGUUAACCUUUGUCCCUAAUAUUAUUUAAUAAAGGUAAAAAUGUCCGAUAUUGGUCCCUUUCAAUAUUUUAUUUGUGGUGGUUUUGGUGGAAUAUGUACUGUGCUUACAGGACAUCCUCUGGACACUGUAAAGGUCCGUAUGCAAACAAUGCCGUUACCUAAACCUGGAGAAGUCCCUUUAUAUACAGGCACCUGGAAUUGUAUUGUAAAGACUGUUCGCAAUGAAGGUGUCCUUGGAUUAUAUAAAGGAAUGGGUGCUCCCUUAAUGGGUGUAGCACCAAUAUUUGCUAUUUCUUUCUUUGGUUAUGGAGUAGGAACUCAGAUAUUUGGCCCUAAAGAGGAAGGGAAACGUAUGACAACACUUCAGUAUUUUAGUGCAGGUGCAUUGUCAGGAAUAUUAACCACUGUUAUUAUGGCUCCUGGGGAACGUAUUAAGUGCCUUCUUCAAAUCCAACAAGAUGUAACCAAACCUCAGUUAUACAGUGGACCACUAGAUUGUGCCAAAAAGUUGUAUAAAGAAGGAGGUAUUCGCAGUAUUUACAGGGGGUCACUUGCUACAAUGUGUAGAGGAUAA